ACAAAAAAUAAAAAAAGAAGAGAAAAGGAAAGAUAAGGGUGGGUCUAUAAAUGCGAAGAGCCAAUCUAAAACCUCAGGAAAACCUCUACGGAGAACGAAAAUGUCACUAUCAUUUUCUCUGCUACAUCUCCCUCCUCCAAAACCCUUUCUUUGUAUACCUAAACAGUACAGUUUUCCACCGUUUAAAGCUUCAUUGAACUUUUCAUUCUAUGAUAAACCUAUGUUAAUUGUAAAAAGUGCCUCCUUUGCUGCAACAAGAAGAGCUUCUUCUUUAAUAGUCGAAGAAGAAGAAGAAGAAGAAGAUGAUGAAGAACAAGAACAAGAAGAGGAAUUUGAAGCUGUUAAUAUUGCUGAGGAUGUAACCCAGUUGAUUGGGCGUACUCCUAUGAUAUAUCUCAACAAGGUAACAGACGGAUGCGUGGCAAACAUUGCUGCAAAACUUGAAUCCAUGGAACCUUGUCGGAGUGUCAAAGACAGGAUUGGCCUUAGUAUGGUAUGUGAGGCUGAAGAUAGUGGAGCAAUUUCUCCCAGGAAGACCAUAUUAGUGGAACCGACAAGUGGAAAUACAGGACUUGGAAUUGCUUUUGUUGCAGCAACUAAGGGAUACAAGCUUAUAGUAACAAUGCCUGCUUCUAUAAACCUUGAAAGGAGAAUCCUUUUACGUGCGUUUGGAGCAGAGAUUGUUCUGACAGACCCAGAAAAGGGAUUGAAAGGAGCUGUCGAUAAAGCCGAAGAAAUUGUGCUUAACACUCCAAAUGCUUUCAUGCUUCGACAAUUUGAUAAUAUGGCUAAUACAAAGAUUCAUUUUGAAACUACAGGACCAGAAAUAUGGGAGGACACUUUGGGUAAUGUUGACAUAUUUGUUGCUGGAAUUGGAACCGGUGGUACUGUUACAGGCACUGGACAGUACUUGAAAAUGAAGAACAAAGAAAUUAAGGUUGUUGGUGUUGAACCUGCUGAGAGGAGUAUAGUCUCUGGAGAAAACCCAGAUUUUUCUGCAGGUUAUGUGCCAAGCAUCCUAGAUGUUAAAUUGCUUGAUGAAGUUGUCAAGGUCAGCAAUGAUGAAGCAGUUGAUAUGGCAAGGAAAUUAGCACUGGAGGAAGGGCUGCUGGUUGGCAUUUCAUCUGGAGCUGCAGCAGCUGCUGCAAUUAGCUUGGCAAAAAGGCCUGAGAAUGCAGGAAAACUUAUUGUGGUUAUAUUUCCAAGUUUUGGUGAGAGGUAUAUUCCAACAGUUCUUUUUCGUUCUAUACAUGAAGAGGUUCAACAAAUGGAAGCAAGAUAGUAUAGAUCUGUACUGGGAGAACAAUCUACCAUGGCAUUCAAUUCUCACUUGUUUCAAAUCAAAACUACUCGACAGGUGCAAUUUUUCAUAAAAACAGAGGAGUUCCUACUCAAUUUCUCUUGAUAAUUUAACUUUCUGGUCAACCGUCGACCAUGUUAUUGUGCUGGUAAUCAGAAUGCUUUUUCAUACAUGGUGCAUACUCAUGCUACUGCCUUCUGGAUUAUACAAUUUCAUGAUGAUCUUGGAGCUAACGAGUCAAUUUGAAAAUGCAAAUUUAGUAAUCCUGUUAAGUCUGUCAGACUGAUUGAUGUUUGAAAAAUCAUAAAUCAGCUUCUCGUUUCUGAGAACCUAUACCAUAAAUUACUGGGAAAAUAUUUAUGUGAUUGCUUUCAUUGGAAAUAUUCAGAUUUACAGACAGGCAAAUCUUUUACUUAAUGCACUGCAAAAACUCUGGCAUUAUUAUAUGUCUGUCUUCCACAUUGUAUCUUGUUGCAUUCCCAUUCUUGGUUGAAACUUCUCAUAAUAUAUGUAUGUAAUAUGUCGAAAGGAGUCAUCGCAGUUUUAGAUGUUUUUGGUAAAGUAUUAUCUAGUGGGACAAGUUAUCUGUUCAAUUCGAGUCUAGGAAAUGCUGAUUUCAGAAUUCCCAGAUGAAAAGCAUUUCUGCAUGGAGGUAUAUGUCUACUGGAAACUGCAGUUUGUACAAAUUUGCCAAUGCGAUUUGAGAAGACCAAGCAAUCCAUGUACAUGUAUCCUGUUUGUAUUAAAUUUUUAGAUCAUAAUUAUUAAUAAAAUGUUCAAUUAUAUUAACUUUAGCAGUUUUCUUUUUGAGUUUAUAAGUACAUGUGAUUGAAUAAUUAUGAUUAAAAUCAGAUUAUUAUGAAAACAGAUUUUCAGGGUUUCUUUUGCCAUCUGAGCAAAUGCUUGAUUUGCUGCAUAUUUUGGCAUGCUCUUGUAUUUACAUAAAUAAUUUAAAUAAUUAUUAUUAUUUUGGUGUCGAGCUCAUCUAUCAUCAUAUACAAAAUUAUUACACUAUUUGGUUUGCUGUAAUGAAUAGAGUUGUAAUCAGUAAUUUAACUGUUUGGUUGAAUGAAAUGGAAUAAAAUUGUAUCAGUAUCUUUGUAUUUAGUGGAAUAGAAUGAUGUUUUAAUCAGUAAUUGCUUAAUAUUCGUUCAUAUAAACUAGUCUUUUUUUCAUGGGCUUUAUUAGUUCCUCUUUAGGCCCAUACUAUGUGUUAUAACACUUAAGAUGCAACUGUGCUUCGAAUUUUAAUGUUGGUUGGGAAGUAGUUGCUUUGGUAGCCUUAUUUGCCACGAAAGGAGUGGUUUAAUGAGGCUUGUAGGGGGGAAUUUCAGAUCCGAUGUAAUGUCUUAAAAUUUUUAGUAUCGAAUUUCGGAAAAAAUUUGAUAAAA